UUUUAAACAUCCUUUACAAAAUCCAUGUUUUAGAUAUUAUUUGGUUCAUAUUAACCAAUCUUAUGAUUUUAUAAAACUUUGUAAUGAUAACUUAUAUUUAAAAAACGCGUAUAAUGAUUAUUUUAAUCAUUUAAUUGAUGAAUGUUAUAGACCGAAAUUUCCACCCGAUAUAAAUGUUGAUGAUUAUAUAUUAUGCUUUGAUAGUGGUUUCACGGUAUAUCAAACAUAUAUUACUAAAUAUAUGGAGAGAUUAGAAAUAAAACUUACUCAGUUGGAACUUUCGUCCUUGGCGCGUCAUUUAUGGGAUAGUGAACCACAAGAAGUAAUUCUUCAUUAUAAAAAACUUUCGGUUCAGUUAAAAUCAAUAUACGAAGAACGAUUAAAUAAAUUACUAUUAAAUAAUUCUCAGAAGAAUAUUGAAAAUAAACGUAAACAUUCAUCGGAUGAUUAUGAUAACAAUUUUGAUUAUGAUUAUGAUAAUGAUAUUUAUGAUUGUGAUAAUGAUGAUAAUGAUUAUGAUGAUGCGGAUUCCGUCUCACAAGAUGAUAAUAAACGUCAACGUACCGAUCUAUUGGAUCCGGAUUUUGACUUUUGUAACGAGUUUUGUAACAAUUACUCAAUUCAAGUGAUUUAAUUAUUUAAAUUAUUUAAAUUAUUAAAAUUAUUAAAAAAGGAUAUUAUAAUAUGGUGUGUAUGUAAUAUAUUAUU